AUGUCCAACCCAACUCUCUCAAAGCAACAGCGCAUCCAAGUCUGGCGUGAAGAGGUAGCGGCCUCGGCAUCCCUAUGCACAUGCCCGCCCUCCUCCCCAGCCGCCUCCGCAUCCUCAACAAACAUCUCCCUCUCCGCGGCGUCCUCCUCGGCGUCCUCAUCUGCAUCCUCUCCGGGAGCGGGCGACGCCUUUACCUUCCCCCGUAGCGACAUCUUGCCAGGGCAAGGGACAUACUGCCCAACAUGCUCCCGCCUCGGCGCCCCGUCCGCUAUGGGUCUGGAGCCGUCGUCCGCCUACCUCGAUCAGACGCAACCCGGCGGGGUCCUGCCCGGUAGUCACAUCGCCCCGGGCAUCUUCCGCGCAAAGACGGCCAACAACGCACUCUUCCGCGGCAUGCGCAACUUUGUCCGCAAGCUCAGCGGGAGCAGGACAAGCGGGCCCAUGCCACCCCGCGGCGCCGAGGACGCAACCAAGAUGUACCGACGCGCAACUCUAGCCGGUUGGCCCACGGCCACGAAUACAGCACUGGCCGCCGAGGCAGCGGCAGCAAUGGCGGCAGGAGAUGAACCAGAAGCCGAAGACGCUGACUGCGCCGUUGACGAGGCGGACUCGGAGGGCCGGGGCCACGUGCCGAAGCUCAUCGCCGAGAAGCAAGCGAGGCUCAGGAGGGCCGAGAGGCUGCUCGCGAGAACGAACGCGGCCCGCUAG